AUGCAAAACGCUUACAGGAAAACAAAGUCAAGUAUCUGGAGUGAAUUUAAAUUGCUUCUGCAGAUUAUAUUCUACCUUCCCCCAGCAGAAAUAUACUACGACGAUACUGAUGAGAUGGAUUUUAUCAUAGUGAAAUUCAACGCAUGGGAGUAUGCCGGGACUGACGUUCUGUGGGCUGGAAUAGUUACAAGCCUCGUCAGCAAGAUCGAGGGGUACGCUGGCUACUGGAAAACACGUUUUUUUCGAAUCGUUGCAAAGCCCGGAGAGGUUCCCAAACAUGCCGGACAUGGAAAAGUGAAACAAAAAUUCCGAAAAUCAAAGUUAGUUAUCUUUAGCCUUCCCAAUGUCAUAUGGUUUGCCUUAUUUGUACUUAUUGUCGUAGCUGUCGUCGCCUUAGCGGUCCUCAUCGUAAUUGGUGAAGUGAGAGUCGAUGUACCUUCAAACAAGAGCAAUGACACUACAGAGGAGAUAACGAAGGGAAGUGCUCAAGACACAUUCAUUGGCAUCGAAACUGCUAUUCUUUCAGUUCUUGGAGGAACGGUCAUCCUAAAUAUAAAAAAUGUUGGGAGUGCUUUAUUGACAUUCAUCAACUCCCAGAAAAGCAAAAUUGAACGUAUGGUUAAUAAACCCAAUUUUUCUCAACAGUUGGGUUUCAUGUCCACAAUCAAGAAAGAGAUACUGAUUGUUUCUGCUCUAAUAAACUGGAUAUCAGUGUACAAGAAAAAGCCGAUACGUGUAAUCAUCGCAGUUGAUGAUCUUGACAGAUGUCCUAAAGAAAAAGCCGUCAAAGUUAUUGAAGCAAUGAAUAUACUUCUCUCAGAUGAAUUGUCUGCGUUUAUCUGCAUCAUUGCUGCAGACUCCAGAAUUAUUGUACAGGCAAUUGAAGAGAAUCUUGGCAAACUGGCACAGAAUGCUUAUUUCACUGGUCAUGAAUUCAUGAAAAAAUACAUACAAGUUGCGUUCUGUAUUCCAGUAAUGUCCACACGUGCUAAACAAAGAUUUCUGAAGCAGUUGAAGAAGGAAGCAUCUUCAACUGAGCAUGGUGAUGCUGAACAAUGUGGUAGCGAGACUAAACUCCAAGCAUCUGUAUCUGACACAAUCGAGCUCGAGGUUAUCAGUAAAAAUCCCACAACACUUAUUGAUGGAAAGUGCUAUAUGAAUGAAUUACUAAUGGAGUUUGAGCGAAAGGAAAUCAUGCAAUACCUUGCUGGGAAUCCACAUCAGAUUAAACGCAUAUUCAACCUUCUCUGCAUAACAACACAUCUGGUGAAGGUAGCAGGAGGUCCUCAGUUUCCAGCAAGACAAGUCGUACUGUGGAUCGUUUUACUGGAACAAUGGCCAUACAGAUCGUCCUAUAUGAUUCACUUUAUUGAAGAGUCUUUUCGGGAGCGUGACCUUGGAAUUGAUGUCAACUCAGAGUGGCUCAAACUCACCACUACACUGAAAGAAAUAUACCCAUAUGUAGAAAGUGAACUCAAUACACCCAAAAACUGGGAGAUGCUGCUUUCACUUGAUGGAAACCCUGAUUUAUUUCAGAGACUCAUCAAGACAGAGAUGACCACAUUCGAUGUUAAUAUCGUAGAGCAAAUGAUGCCAUACACAGUUCAUCUUGAUAGAUCGAUUAAAUACUCCAUCCAACAUGCUGAUACAGCAGAGGACAUCAAAUCAAAUUCCGAUUGA